GCUUCCCAAAAUGCUUCUCCUCCAGCAACAACACCUGAUUCUGAGGGUGACAAUGGUGGUGGAUCAUCCAAUUAUGAGGAUUUUCGUGGUUACGCUCUUUGGGGUACAUGCUUUUUAACUUUAAUCUCCUUUGAAAACUCAAACCCAACAAUAUAAAAUGAAAAGAAAUCAUUUACCCCAAUCAAUCAGAUAGAGAUACAAACCAGUUACUAGAACUUUGAAUGAUCAGCAGAUUUAUAAGAUAAAGUUUGAUAUGUAUCAGUAGAUUUAUUGAUACAUAUCAGCAGAUAAAAUUUGAUCAGAUGUUGAUUCAUAUCAAAUAAAAUAAAUGAUCAGCAGAUUUGAUCAACAGAUUCUUUGUUUGAUAUGUACCUCAGAUUUAUUGAUACAAAGAAAUUUUGUUUGAUAAAAUUUGAUAUGUAUCAGCAGAUUUUAUUUUAUAACAUAUCAAAUGUUGAUCAGCAGAUUUAUUUUUAUGUAUUUAUUUUUAUAUAUUAAAUAGGAAAUUUUAUAUGUAUCUAUUUUUAUAUAUUAAAUAGGGAAUUUUAUAUGUAUCUAUUUUAUAAAUAGAAAAAACUAUAUGUAUAUAUGUAUCUAUUUUUUAUAUAUUAAAAAUAGGGAAUUUUAGAGAGAAAAAUGUUGGGUCUAGAGCUACUGCUAAUAUGGAGAAGGAUUUUGAUUCAAAGCUAAGGAUUGAGAGCAAUUCUUCCAAUACCCAGAUCUAAGAGCUUUGCAUUUAGGGCACCCCAAGAGAAUUUCACCAUCCAAGACUUCGAAUUGGGCCGCA